AUGGCGACUCCACUGGGGAACUAUACCCCAGGCGGGAGCCAUUUCCAAACAUCACACCCUCCUCCGAAAGGGAGUGGCGUUCAAUUCCAGCUACCUCCCACCACCGGGAGUCCACCGUCUUUCCAACAACCUCCUAUUCUCGAUCUAUACGAGGAGGAAGCAGCACAUGCCCUACAGCAAGGGGCAAGGUAUCUGCAGCAAGGUAAGUCAGAAAUGGAGGAAUUACGAGAGCAGUUGCAAAUGGUGCAAAAUCAGCUCCAAAGGCAGCAAGGAGUGGAUCACCCAUCCACCAAGUUCAGGGAUCUCUGUCCCUUCCCAGAUGCCCGGGUCCCUCCAAACUUCAAGGUACCCAAAUUUAAAAGGUAUAACGGUAGCAGGUGCCCCACAGCACAUCUGAAAGCAUUUUGUGGGGAACUCAAUGCGAUAGCAGGGAACGAUGGAGCCUUGAUACGACUCUUCCAGAAGUCCCUUAAAGGUGACGAUUUGGAUUGGUACACGUCACUGGACAGCCAUCAAAUCAGAACUUGGGAAAGACUCUCCCAAGCAUUCAUUGACAGAUUCUCAUAUAGCCUGAACAUGGCUCCGAGAAGGGCAGAUCUAGCUACCUUGAGACAAAAAAGUGAUGACUCAUUGUCAGCAUACCUUGGGCGAUGGCGGGCCAUGGAAGCCCGAAUGAGAAAAUCUAUCGAUGACAAAGAACAGUUAUCCAUGAUUGUACAUUUAGCAAACCCCAGCAUUUCAGGAUAUCUAAUCUCGUACCCCUAUGUAAACUUCUCUCAGCUCAUCCAAGCUGGAGAACAAGUGGAAGUUGUGAUUAGAGCCGGAACCAUUUACCCAUGGCCACACUAG